UCCUCGAUUUUCACUUCACAUGUCAUACAUCCUUUCUAAUUUCCUUACAUUCAUUUACUUAGUUUAUAUAAAUUUAGAAAUCGAUCGAAUCCAUUUGGCUCUUUCCCAACUGAACCAAAUUAACUGUUAAUACAGCCGCAAUGACCCAUUCGAGAUCCGCCAGGAACUGGUCCUCCAACUUGGAUUCCAGCCACGCCCUGCGGAAGUACUUUUAUCCCAAGCAAACCAUCGUGGCCGCCAGCACUUCGCUUCAGGCUGCGGAGCAUGGAGAAUGGCCCCUAAACAGCGACUGGCAGCUGGCCAGGGAUCCCAAUCACCACGCAGAGCCUUCUGCGAAGAAGAGCAGCGUCUCCCUGCCGAAGAAGGUUGAGCGAAAGAUCUGGGCCAAGCCGGCCAUGGUGGAACUGACCAAGGCGGCUGUGCGAGCGGAGAGAGCCAAGACAUCGGCCAUGAAGUUUCAUGAGAAGUUGCAGGCGAAGAAGGUACAGGUACAGCUUGAGAACACCGAGCAGCCGGAGAAGCUGCAAAAGUCUCGAGCUCCUCUUUGGCAGCCCAAGACCUUGCCAUCACAAGUCAACAGGAAGCCACCAACAGGAGUCCACCGAAGACGUCGCAGAAUCCAGAAGCCGACCAAGAGAGCUCCAAAGGCAUCGGCAGUAAAUAUACGAAAGCUACCGAAGCCCGAGGUCUCCUCGAAGAAAACUCCAUCUCUGGUCCGCAGAACGCCAAAACCACAGGCAGUACGCCGGUGUUACAGUGGACGACCCCGUAGCAUCCUGGUCGUGGACGCCAGCCGACCGAAUACAGGUGGAGCGGAGCAGACGAUUGACUCGAACUGUGAGCAAGCGCCACGGCUCCGGAUGAAGGGGCGAUCCAAGAAGUCGUACGGAGUGCCUCUGUGUAGUCGACCCACCAAGAUCCUGGGCAUGGGCUAUCCCUACUCCCGCUACAUGCAGAUGCGCCGGGAGCAGCUCUGUAAGCAGCCAGAGUACUACGAUCAGUAUAUGCGCAUGCUUAGCCAGCAGCAGCGCCAGCAGGAGAUGCACCAGCUGGAGCAGUGCUAUAAUCAGGAGCAGAUUCAGCAUCAGGUUGAGCAUCAAAAGAAAUACACUGUGCCAGCGAAGUCGCCGUGCAGGGGCCGGAUGAUGGGCAAGCGGCUGUGCGGAAAUUUUUACUAUGACUGAUAGAAGCUGGCAGGACCAAUAAAAUGGUGUCCUUAUUUAGCA